AAUAACUAUGCGAGUCCAACAAAGGAGAUAUCCAGAGAAAAGCUCAGAGCUGCUAAAUGGCUACUAGAAGAUGCUAAUAUGGUGGAAGAGGAGGAUUUACCGGCCGAAGUUUAUUAUGGUUCCUCUAACAGUGAUGCGAAGUUCCUUGCCAAGAUGCGAGAACGAGAGAGAUUCGAGGAGGAGAAUUUUACUCGCGUUUCCUUGACCAAGCGCGAGCGAUUGCUACAGAAACGUCUGGAGCGUGGUGAGUUUCUCAGCACUGGCACACGUAUGGAUCACAUUCGGAAGUUACUUGAAAGCUCGGGUGAAGAGGAGGAGAUGAGUUUUGUUAAGUUGAAGGUAUGA